UCAUCCAGGUGCACAGAUCAGCUGAUAUGUGACAACAGUCAACAGGUUGCAACUGGUUUAUAAUAUACUAUUUUUAUAUAAACAAGUUGUUAAAAAUUUCAUACACGUGCUUUGAAUGAAAAAAAGGUAUGGAGACUAAUCAAAGUGAUCAGAUAAAUGUGGAUUUGAGUCCAACUGAAUGGCGUGAAAAAUUUAUUUUAAUUUCGCAAGAAGAACUUAAAUUACGAGGCAAAUUAUCUCGUUCGGAUGUAUUGGAUGAAAUUGAUGAUUCAGAGGAUAAAAAUGAAGAUGAUAAUGAUGAUUGGGAAAAUUACAUUGAUUACAUAGAGAUAAAUAAAAGAGGAAAAAAAUUAACAGCACUACAUAAUAUGCGUAUGACUCGAUUGGCUCCACUGUUUGUUAAUCAACCACGUUUCAAAAAAAUAUGCGAACAAUUGGACAACAAUUUUUUUCGUUCAUGCUUUAAAACAUUUAUAUUUGAAUGUCAUUCGGCCAAUGAAUUACAAGAACAAAUAAAUAAUCUAAUAUUCAUAAUUAAUUUCUGUGGAUCUGGUUUAACGUCUCUACAUAUCCAAGACGCACAUCCUUUUAAUAAUCAAAUAAUACAAUUGAUUAAAAAUAAUUGUCCAAAUCUUGAGACCCUUGGUUUGGCUUUCGAGGAAAUAAAAAGACGAGAUUUGACGAAUUUAUUUUCUCGUAUGUCUCAUCUUGAAUGGCUGAGUAUUGAAUGGCGAUGUGAAAAUUCAACUCUACCAAUGAGUUUGGUCAAGUCAUUAGAACAAGUUGGUGGAACCUUGAAAUUUCUUUACCUCAAAUGUUUUACAAAAAAUAAUCAUUUCUCACCAGAUUCACUGGCUUUGGUAUUUCCUCGAUUAAUCGUUUUAGAAAGUUUAUGUUUAACUGAUUUUGAAUUGAGUCAACCAUUACUCGAGUCAAUAGGUCAAAUGCAAAAUUUGGUUCAUCUAAUGAUCAUGUAUGAUCGAAUGUUUGAUAAAAAAGUCGAUAUGUGUCCAAUUGGAAAUUUAAAAAAUCUCUCGACGCUGCAUAUUGAAUGUGGUGUCACUGAUGAAUUCUUAAUUAAUCUUUGUAAUAAUGCUGAGAAAUUAAGAGAGUUAGGUAUUAUGGGUACACAUAUAACAGACAAAGGUUUGUUUGCACUUGGUAAUUUAAAGCAAUUAAAUAAACUUUGUUUAACUAAACAUUUUUCUAAUAAACCAGUGAAAAAUAAUGAGUUUAUCACUGAUAAAUCAAUUCAAUAUUUACUUAAUGAAAAAUUAAUCGCUUUGGAUUUAUCAAAUUGCAUUGAAAUCAAUAAUAGUUCAGUGAUUAAACUUGUUGAAAAUUUACCAAAUUUAUUAGAGUUAACUAUUAAAAAUACAAAGGUAACUUAUGAUGUUGUCAAAGAAAUAUCUAAAUUAAAAAAAAAAAAAAAAACGUUAUUAACUGUCUUUGUAUCUUUUGAAGAUCGUGAUGGUAUUUUCGAAUCAUUAAAACAAUCAGCUAAUGUUAAUUUUAGGACUAGGAAAUAAAAAUCAAUCAAUCAAUCAAUCAAUUGUUUAAUAUUAUAUAUAAUAAUCAGAUACAAUAUAUACAAUAACAAUUUCAUGAUUGAAUUAUAUUAUAAAACCACUUUUCUUUUGUUUAUAUUAAAAAAAAAAAAUUAUCUUGUUCACUAUGAUAUUAUUA